AGGACAGAUUACAUGAACACUACAACCACUGAGCUAGUACCAUGACAGAGCACGGUGUCAUGACUCAUGAGUGACUUGUGAAACGAGUUUAAGUAUAACACAUCGCAGCGCAUAUACAUAAAGACUUAUAAGGAUUCAGAUUGAAGGCCAUAAUAUAGUUGGGACACUUAUCAUUCACGACAUGAGCUCGAAAGUCCACAUCCUACGCCUUAAACCAGGACAGGAGGUCAAACAGUGCUUGGAAGACUUUGUAGCUACAAGGGCCCCUAACGGUGUGGCUAUCAUGACCUGCUGUGGAUCAGUCACUUCGGCAACGCUACGUUUUGCUGCAGAUUCGAAUGGAGUCACUGACAAAACACAGCAUUACAACCAACACUUCGAGGUCUUGGCAAUGUCAGGCACAGUGAGCAGAGACGGAGCUCACCUGCACAUCUGCCUCGGUGACAACAACGGUGCCACGAUUGGAGGUCACGUGAUGGGUGACCUCAAGGUCUUCACCACCAUGGAAUUGGCACUCUGCGAACUCGCCGAGGUCGUCCUCAGGAGAGAACACGACCCGGAAACUGGGUACGAUGAACUGGCAGUUACGAAGGGGAGUGACGGGGUAUCAUCUUCUAAGAGUAAUUAAGUUGGUAGUUUUAUCCUUACAGAUUUUUUAAAAGGAACUACGAUAUAAAGGCAUGCUUUUUUUUUCUUUAACAAAAAAAUAAUAAUUUCUAAUUGCUAUCGAUGAUAAAUUAUAAUUUCCAAAUAUAAUAAUCA